AUGGAGCAAGACUAUUACUCUAAACCAGGAUGGCGAUAUCAUAUCGCCAUAAGCAAUAAUGGAAAAGAAGCUGUCAAAUUGAGCAUUCAAAAAGACAAAGGAGAGAUCGUUGGAUAUCUGACAGCGCACAAAGUCAACGGAAAUGAAAUCUCCAAAGUCUCCGAUGAAUCGUAUACAAUCAAUGCAAACUAUAUGCAAGCAGCUUACGACCCAAGUUCCGAUAUGCCAACAUGGAGCCUUGCCAUAUCCAAUGCGAAUGUUCAUGAAAAGACUUUGGUUGCGCUUUCCUAUUUUCCAACUGAGGAAAUAACUCUUGAAACAAACUCUGAUUUAGAAUCUGGAAGCUCUUCUAGAAAAAAGACGUUCGGCUUCGGAUCGCAUGGGAGCACCCAUUCGCAUGAUCACAGCUCUACAUAUGUACUUGUGAUGGAUCGUAAGAAUGCCGAUAAAUGGUUAAGGAUAGAAACACCGUUAGAUGAGGUUGCUGGCGUAGUUAAUUUUGUAUCGGAUACCGACGAGGGUAAAUGGCUAUUGACGAUAUCAAAUGAAGAAGGCAUCUUUCAUUAUAAAAUUGAUCCAGAGCAUACAGAACCAUACAAGACCUUAGAUGAGACUAGCGUAUGGCAGCGUGAUAUCCCGAGGGCAUAUAGACACAAUAUGAAGGAUAAGUGGAAAGGCCUACAGCGCAAAGUUUACUUUCAAUUUUUAGCGAGGAUGAUCAAAUCAGAUGUGUAUUUUGAAGCUGAGCCAAAGAAGAAAAUACUUCGUGUGUACAGUCUACGUGACGGAUGGCAUCUUUUCGACCUCCACCACCAAGGCGAUCCGAGUCUAAUUGGUUUUGAUACACCAGUGUUAGCAAUAUCGAAAAACGGGGCUUUGCUGGCAGUUAGUCUUGAUACAACAUCUAUCAACAUUUAUCUGAUGGAGAAUG